AUGACCAUUUGUAUCUGGUCCGUUCCAAGCAUUAUUGGAUUCGCAAAUUUAUUGUUUGGAGCGUGCACUGAGAUAUUUAAAUGGACGGAUUUUGCCGACAAUAAUCAAAUACUCGAGCAGGAAACAACCGAUGUUAAUGUAGAUAAAGAUGAAGAUACAGAUGGCAUUUCUAUCAUCAGUGACAGUGAGCCUGAUACAUCAGCUCCAUGUGAGUUGAUCCUUGACAAAUAUGUUAUGGAAGAGAACCGUCCAGCAGAACUACCAUGUCCACAAUUUAUUUCAUUUAACCCUCUCCCUCCCAAUAGUAAUACUCAUGAAGAAGUUUUAAGAAGUCAGGACGAUUUUCUUGGACAUACCGCAGGAAAACAUAAAACAUAUGUCCACAGAAGAAACAAGAGGCUUAGCACAGUCCUUAACAUUAUUAUGUUGGGUAGUGUCAUCACAGCUGCUGGUGUGGCUAUAGGUCACAUGUGGGGUGCAAGAAAUGAGUGUUCAAUGCAUACAUCACCGUCAAUCAACAAAAUUUUAUCAAAUCUUUAUAAACUACAAGAGGAAAACACAUAUUUACGCAAUAAACUAAAAGAACUUACACUUGUAAGCAGUACUUUACAAAUACCACAGAAGAAACUUCACACAUUUGACAAAACUCCAUAUAAGCAACAGAGAUGCAAAAAAGUAUAUGAAGAACCAUUGCAUAGUAAAAAUAUAGACAAAAUCACAAAGUGCAUUGACAGAGAGACUACUAAAAAUAUUGAAAAAGAACUAAACAAUCAUUUGGUUCAGCCGGACUAUGAAAAGGAGUUUGUAAGAGAUGUUGAUAAAUUGACGCAAAUUUAUCAACAAAAUAGAAGCUGGCUAGAUGAUGAAAUUGCAAAAAGAAUGAAACAUGAAGAAAAAACGAUUGAAAAAAUGAUAAAAAGUCCCUUGAGUAGUAUAACAGAAGAACAAAGGGUAUUGCAAGAUGACAAUAUAAAAACACAAUCUGACAUGGAUAAUUAUCAACCUGCAUUUCAAAUUAUUAGUCCUGAAGCAGAACAAUUGAUUCAAAUAGAAUUGGACUCUAAUAACGAUGAUAUACCAGCGGCAAAAAAGAUUACUUAUGCAGAUUCAUUAAAAUCUGAACAGCAAACUCGCAAAGUUCAGAAAAGAGAUGUAAAUGCAGCAAUCACCAAAGAGAAUAAACAUAAUAUUAUUAAAAAAAAAGGUAAAGAAGAUAAAGAUGUGGUGUUUAUUGAUGUAAAUUUUAGUGAAGAAGAAUUUAAAAAAGAUGACAGAUAUGUCGGACAAAAGCACAAACAAGAAAGAAAAAAACGAGAUAGACAAAAACUACACAAGAAGCAAAAAAGGAGAAACAAAUAUGAACAAUGGGAAAUGAAAGGUGGAUACAUGAAAGACUAUGAUGAUUUUUCGAUAACCUCAUUCCAAGAAAACGAGAAUCCUCUCAAGAAACUUAACGGACAUAAAGUGAUUCAAGAAAUUGAAAAAACAAAUAAUACAAAUCAGUUACUAGGAGCAGAUAGUUCCCAAAAUAUAAAUUUGAGUAAUAACUCCAACGAUGUCCAAAACAAAAAACACGAAAAAGAUGGUGGGAAAAACAGUAAAAUUGAAGAUACCAAUUGGUAUGACAAAAGGGCUGCUCUUCGAACUGAGGCUCGAAAGAGACUUCAACAUGAGCUUUUUGGUGAGACAAGUCCUAAUAAUGCUGGCUGGUAUUUUAGACGUAUGCACAAACGUGAACAAUGCCGCGCAAAGAGUGACAACAGUACUUAUAAAAAGCUUUCUAAACGUAAUAUGAAUUUCAAAAUGAAGAAAUGA